UGGCAGUUGGAAAAUACAAACCGGUGUGAGUAGAAGGGGGAGGUUAAGUGUGAGCUAAUAAAGAAAUCAUACGGAGAGAGAAAGGGAGUAAAAGAACGGGAAUUUCGUUAAUUUCAUCGAAAGCUUGGGCAAUUUUAAUAGCCCCAGUUUGGCUGUCGUUUUUAUUCGCUCAGUAAUCAUGGCCUGUGGAGCUACGUUAAAACGAUCCAUGGAGUUUGAGGCCCUCCUCAGCCCUCAGUCUCCGAAGCGUAGAAGGUGCAACCCGCUGCCGGGGAGUCCGGCCGCUCCGUCCCCGCAGAGAUGCAGCCUUCGACCACCUACAGAGACUCCACCGAAUCCCGCGUCCCCUCAGCCCGUUGUAGGAGAGCACAGGUUAACGCCAGAGCAGAUCUUCCAAAAUAUCCGGCAGGAGUACAGCCGCUACCAAAGGCGGCGGCAAUUGGAGGGGGCCUUCAACCAGUCGGAGGCGUGUGGCACUGCCGAGGGUUCGAGUCCCUGCCCCGUUAUCUCUUCUCCCAGCUCACCCUCGGGUGCCUCGUCAUUGAAGAAGGACCAGCCCAUGUUUACGCUGCGGCAGGUGGGCUACCUGUGUGAGCGCCUCCUCAAAGACCAUGAAGAGAAAAUCCGUGAGGAGUAUGAGCAGAUCCUGAACACAAAACUGGCAGAGCAAUAUGAGUCGUUUGUGAAAUUCACACAAGAUCAGAUCAUGCGGCGGUAUGGGGCCAGGCCUGCUAGCUACGUAUCUUGAACCUCAUCGAUCAGUACCAGCCAACCCACAUCAUGGUUGCUGCAGUACCACCAAACCCCCCCCCCCCCCCCCCCCCCC